UUUUAGUAAAAUAAAAAACAAUCUUAUCCAUAGUUCAAUAUAAAAAAUUAAAACUAGAAAUUAUAAUAAGUAUAAAGAUAAGUAUAAAGAAUUGAUUAUCCUUGAACGAAGAGUUUAAUUGAUCGUCCAAUCAUUCUUCGUCUAACCAAUUUUAGUUCGAACGUUUUCAUUGAUUGCUGAACUAUAGAAUCAUAAACUUGUGUGCACAAAAACUUUAUUUUAACUAUGUUUGUUAUAAUGUUAAUAGUGAUAUUAAUAUUAACAAUUAUUUUUAUAAAGAUCGAAAAAAAUACAAAACUAUAUCCUCCAGGACCAUUUUCAUGGCCCUUUAUCGGCAAUCAGAUUUUAUUGAAACGUUUAUCACGUAAAUUCGGAGGACAACAUAAAGCAUUUAUGGAACUCUCAAAACGAUAUAAUAGUGAUAUUAUAACUGUGAAUAUUAGUUAUGAGAAAAUAAUAGUUGUUUCUGGAAGUAAAUUUUGUGAUAUGAUAUUGCAAAACGAGGAAUUCCAAGGACGUCCUUGGAACGAAUUUAUUAAAGUUCGAAAUAUGGGCAAAAAACAAGGAAUUACAAUGAACGAUGGAACAGAAUGGAAAGAAUUACGAAAUUGGAUGAUGCGAACUAUGAAGAUUUUCGGUUUUGGAAAAAGCGAAAUGAUUGAAAUGAUUCAACAUCAAUUAGUCAUAUUUUCAGAAAAUUUGAAUAAAAAUAAAUUACAUCAAUUGAAACUAUUGUUUGUACCAGCUGUAAUUAAUGUCCUCUGGAAUUUUAUAACGGGAGAAUUAGUGGCGUUCAAUCAACAGCAAAAAUUAGAACAUUUUCUCGACUUGUUGGAUCGUCGAUCGCGAUGCUUCGAUAUCACGGGUGGGCUUCUCGCCGCUUUCCCUUGGAUUCGUUACAUUGCACCUGAGAUCUCAGGAUAUAACAUUAUGUGUAUGCUGAAUAAAGAGCUCAAGGAUUUCUUAAUGAAAACUAUUAAUGAUCACAAAGAAAAAUAUAUUGAAGGAAAAGAGGCAGAUCUAAUUGAUAUGUUUAUUCAAGAAAUGAGAAAAAAUGAGAAAUCAAGCAUUUUUACUGACGAACAAUUGAUGAUGAUAUUAAUCGAUCUUUUUCUCGCUGGUUUUACUACUACAAGCACGACUUUGGAUUUUUUGUUUUUAAUUGUGACACUGUUUCCGGAUGUACAACGUAAAGUGCAAAAGGAAAUUGAUUCAGUAAUUCCAUACGAUAGACUUCCCAACAUGGAGGACAAAGCAAAACUUCCAUAUGUCGAGGCUGUAAUAAGUGAAACAUAUCGAUUAUGGCCAGUAUUUCCUAUAAUUGGACCACGACGAGUUCUUUGCGAUACAAAUAUCGAUAAAUACGUGAUACCGAAAGAUACCACUAUUUUAUUCAAUACAUAUUCUAUCAAUAAAGAUCCUACUCUUUAUCCGGAUCCAGAUAAAUUCAUGCCUGAAAGAUUUAUUAAAAAUGGAGUUUUUGAACCAGAUGAAUAUUCUUUACAAUUUGGAAAAGGAAAAAGACGAUGUCCAGGUGAUAUAUUGGCAAAAGCUACGAUAUUUAUUUUAUUCGUUGGUAUAAUGCAGAAAUAUACACUGCUACCAGUUCCUGGUAAAGGGCCACACUCUAUAAAAAUUAAUAGUGGUAUAACAUUAACGCCACAGCCUUAUAAUGUAUUAGUUGAAAAACGAUAAUUUUUGAAAUUUUUGUAUUGUCACUUUUGAUAAGUAUAUUUUUAAAUUGCUUCGAAACAAAACUUUUAAACUAAAAUAAAAAGUAUGAAAUAUUAUAUUGAAUUUAAAAAAAAAAUAAUACAAAUUUUACUUAUUACAAAUAAAAAUAAAAUGUAUUAUUUCAUGGUUGUUGGUAAUAUUCAAGUUAUAAACACAUAAUUUAGAUUAGAUUGAUUGAUAAUUUAGAUAAAUUGUGAUUUAGAUAAAUUUAUGAUAAAAAUAUUAUUAAUGCAUGUAAAAAUAUGACGUUUUUCGGUUUGAAGUAGCUUCACCCAUAGAUAGAAACCAGUUUAUUUGAUUUCAACAAAUUUUUCUUUCGAAUAUUGUUUAUUGUUUCUACCGCAUGAAAGUUGCUUUAAGCGUCGUUUUACGUGUUCGACGAAAUCAGCGCGUUUCACAGAAGUCCAAAUGUACCUUCACUUGUACACGUGGAGAUUCACUCCUUUUAUACCAAGUUUCAACAUUUCAACGUGUCAAAUAUUCUUUAUUGCCGAAAAAUGUAUUUUGCAAGAUCAAUAAAUAUAUUGUAUAAUAUAUAAAUAAUAAACUUUUAUUAUAUUAUA